AUGAUGGAUUGGGUUCGCGGUGAGAAGUUAGGGCAGGGCAGCUUCGCCACAGUGAGCUUGGCGUUUUCCGGAGGCGGCAACUCUUCUCUGCCGCCGCUCAUGGCCGUCAAGUCCUGCGGAGCUUCUCUCUCUUCUUCACUCGCCAACGAAAAAUCAAUUCUCCAGAAGCUCAGCGGCUGCCCUGAGAUAAUACGCUGCUUCGGCGACUGCUUCUCUUUGGAGAGAGGCGAACGGCUCUACAAUGUCCUGCUCGAGUACGCGCCCGGCGGCUCCCUCGCCGACCGGGUCAAACAAUCCGGCGGCCUAGGGCUGCCGGAAUUCGAGGUCCGGAGGCACUCCAAGGCCCUUCUCCGUGGGCUCACCCACAUCCACAGCUCCGGAUAUGUCCACUGCGACAUCAAGCUCCAUAACGUGCUCAUUGGCGUCGACGGCGCCGCCCGGAUUGCCGACUUCGGCCUGGCGAGGCUCGCCGGCGGCGGCCCCAUAGGGUCCCAGAUGCGGGGGACGCCGAUGUACAUGUCGCCAGAGAUGGUGGCUGGCGGGGAACAGGAGCCGGCGGCGGAUGUCUGGGCGCUGGGGUGCGCGGUGGCAGAGAUGGCCGGUGGGGGCACGGCGUGGGAGGGGUGCUCCGACGCGGCGGCUCUGAUGAUGAGGAUUGGGGUGGGUGACCAGGUACCGAGGGUGCCCGAGGCUCUCUCCGACGAGGGGAGGGAUUUCCUUGCGAGGUGCUUUGUGAAGGACCCCAGGCGGAGGUGGACGGCCGAGAUGCUUAUGAACCACCCGUUCGUCGCUGUAGAAGAUGACCGGAAGAAGAGCAUGGCAGAGUCGGACUCUCCAAGGUGCAUAUUUGAAUUCGAUCACCCAAAGUUGGUUUCGGAAGGGCAUUUUGGGGAAGAUGAAUUGUGGUUUACGGAGGAGCCGUUGAGUAAGGUGGUGGCGCGGCUGGGGGAACUCGUCUGCGAACGGGCAUGCGAUUGGUCGGCGUCCGAUGGAUGGGUCACCGUCCGGUGA